UUCUCAACACUGCUCUCCUAUCAUACACAGUGUUGCAAAUCAUUCGCAUUGUUGAAAAUUUGUCUUCGCCACGUAAAAAGUGGUCCGAUUUUGGUUUUCGAAAUACCUGACACACAACUAGCAAGUACACCAUGGCGCCGCAGCAGAAGGGCAAACAGGGCACGAAGGGCGCCAAGCAAAUCGUCGAGGAGAACAAGACGACACUGGCUUUCUACCGAAACAUGGCCAUUGGAUGCUCUGCACCCGCCCUGCUCCUCAGCUUCCUCGUCUUUGAAGUCACCAAAACCUCGGUGUUCAUGCACAUCCUGGCGUUGCUGAUCCUCGGCAGUUCCUAUCAAUUUAUGGUCUUCAUGUCGAAGGCGCAAUACUCUGAGAGCGGGGCUCUUGUGGACUCCGGCAACGAUUUGAACAUGGAAGGCGGUAUAGCGGAAAACGUCAAGGACCUGAUCAUCCUCACCUCCGGCACGUUGCUGCUGGCCCUCAUCUCCAACUACUUCUGGCUGGUGCUCCUCCUGGCGCCCGUGCGCGCCGGCUGGAUGCUCUGGGGCACCGUCAUUCAGCCCUGGCUUUCGCAGCGAAACGCCCAGGACGAUAAUCCCGAGGUGGACGAGAAAAAGCAAAGGAAGAUGGAGCGCAAGAUGCGGCGCAUGAGAUAGGAGACACCUCUCGUUGUGCUCUAGUGAUUAAGGGGUUCCUGGUUUUCAUGAGAUUCUGCGCUUAGUUGUGUGUGCGCUUCCAAAUUGUUAAAUGUUCAGCAAAUUAAACUGCUCGAGACAAAAGA